AUGAGGAACAAAAUUCUGUGCUUUGGAUUCUUUUUUAUGUUCCUUGCUUAUCUUAUUUAUGUACCCAUACCAGAAAACAUUGAGGAACCAUGGAAAGUGAGAAUUGUAGAUGCUGGCAUGAAAAUAUCAUCACUUGUGGCCAUAUUGUUGGAAAAUAUGGGUCUUAUGAAAUUUGAAGAAUUUUUGGUCAUAUUAGCACGAGUUCAAGAUACCAGGCCAGUUUCAGAUGAAAACAUUACAGUGAUUGACACAGACUUCGGUGACAUUCCUGUUCGUCUGUAUUUACCCAAAAGGAAGUCUCAAAGACAGAGACCUGGUAUAAUUUUUAUUCAUGGUGGUGCCUAUGCCUUGGGAAGCUUCAAGAUGCUUCCUUAUGAUUCCAUGAACCGAAGGACAGCCAACAAACUUGAUGCUGUUGUUAUUGCUCUAGACUACAGACUUGCUCCUCAGCAUCCAUUUCCAGCUGCCCUUGAAGAUUGUAUUUUUGUGAUCAAGUUCUUUCUUCAGGAUAAAGUUCUUGAAAAAUAUGGAGUGGAUCCCACUCGCAUCUGUAUUUCAGGAGACAGUUCCGGGGGCUCCUUGGCAGCAACAGCGAAUCAACUGCUACAGGAUGAUCCAGAAUACAAAAACAAAAUUAAGGCACAAACUUUGCUAUAUCCUAAAGUGCAGACACUUGAUACCUUAACGCCAUCUUAUCGAGAAUAUGAACAUGGUCCCUUUCUGUCAAGGAAGGUAGCAAUUAGGUUGGCAUGUCUAUAUUUGACAGAAGAUAAACAGUUGCCCAAGACAGUAAUGAGAAAUGCUCAUGUGCCUCAAGAGUCAAGACACCUGUUCAAGUUUGUUAACUGGAGUGACUUUCUUCCUGAGAAGUACAAAAAGAACCGUGUUUACACUGAACCAAUUAUUGGAAAACUAACUGAAUCCCAUCCAGGACUUAUGGAUAGUAAAAUAUCACCUUUGCUUGUCAAUGAUUCCCAGUUACAGAAAUUGCCAUUAACUUAUGUCCUCACAUGUGAACAUGACAUCCUAAGAGAUGAUGGACUUAUUUAUGUCACACGACUCAGAAAUGUUGGAGUUCCCAUCACCCAUGACCACAUAGAGGAUGGAAUUCAUGGAGCCAUAUUAUUUGCCACAGAGCCACUUUAUUUACAAGUAGGUCUGAGAUUAAUAGAUAAGUAUAUAAUUUGGUUAAAAGAAAAUCUAUGAUGGUACAUGUAGCUAGUUAGUCAUUUAGCAAUAUAACCUAA